AUGGACCAAACGUCAACUCGAAAGCGACUACGAGGACUCGACCCAGAGACCGACCCCGACUUAACGCCCCAAGCUCGCCCUUAUGAGAGCGCACCUAGCCGUAGCCCAUCCGGGGUGUCGUCCGUCUCGGGUUCCAGUGCCUCGUCCUACCGCUCCCGCUCGUUAUCGCCGCUGAAGAAACAAAUAAUGGGCCUUCGUCUCGAUGAAACAGGGGUCGAGAUCCGUGAACUCAAAAUUGAAGCUGCGCCGAACCUCAAAGCUGGCCUUCUCUUAUCGACUCUGGACGAAAUCGGCAAUGGUCUCGAGUUCCUCCCCGACAAUUGGCGUGGUGAAAUUCUAGGGAGCUUGAUGUUACAAGGCCUAGAUCCCCGACCUUGGAGGUACUCUUUCAAGAGUUCCAGCGAGUUUGAAACCCUUCCAGGCCGCAUUCCGUCGCCUCAAGAGGUCGCAUUGGUGUACGAGUGGGCGCAAGACUGUCGUCAACUCGGGCACGAGGAAGCGGGCUGGAAUACCGAGGUACAUCAUCGGCUGAUGGAGGCGGUUUUUAGGGAGCCUGGGCGAACCAAAGGAGGCCUCUUCAACUUUGACACCUGGAGCUGGCUUCCGAGAUCCAUUAGAUCUAAAAUAGAAGACCGUCAAUCUCUACAAGCUCUCAAAGCACUCUGUCGAAGAACAUCGACCCUUACUGUCAACCAUACCAACUUCGAGCAACUGCAGUCACGCCCAAUCGUCCUGAGUAUCGAGACUAAUGGGCCAGCUCCGGCGUUGAACACGGCUGAAGUACAAAUGGGUGUCUGGCAUGCGGCUCAGUGGGGGUUCCUCCGCUCAGCAGUUCUUUCAUCGCUGCGGGAGCCGAGCGACACUACACCCACUGAGGAGCAGGAGAAGCGGGCAGAUGAGGCCUUAUCCCGAUUGCCUCUCAUUCCAGGAGUCAUUGUCCAAGGCGCCAAGACCAUUUUCUGGACGGAACGUCAGUUUGGCAGUACGCAGAGAAUCAAGGAACUAUACCAGGCUGUAGCGGGACUAAGGCAGUUUACUUCGUGGGCCAAUAUGGUCUACUUGCCAUGGUUCCGGGAGCACGUUCUAGCCGAGGAAGCACUUGGAUAG